AUGGCAGACCGAAGCCUUGCAAACCCGCGCUCCAGAUCGGCUAUCGACCACGAUCACGCAGUGCGCCUGCCUUCUUCGCCAUUGCCCGCACCACGCUCGCCCAACUCGACCAUCUCCGACCCGUCCACGCCUUCCCCAAAUCCCAAACGCAUUCGAACCCUCGGCCCUCAUACUACCCCGUCCUCUGCUCUCGCCGCCUUUAGUGUGAGCUCUCCUGCAAGACACAUUUCCUUCCGUCCCUUCUGUACCAUUUGUCCUCGCUGCUGCCCCUGCCUGCCCUUUCUGAUUGCCUGCCCUCUGCACCGAGUACUCGGUUGGCAGAAAGAGGAGUGGGUAUCAAAUCUCGAACCCUCCACUUCCAUCCCGAGUCGGGUUCAUUGUCGCCAAACAAACUGCAUCCUCCCCGUGCCUACUCCAGCCUUGGCCAGCCUGCUCUGCUCCGUCUUCGAUCAAUGGAAGCAAAGUCCCGAACCGAAACAACGAGGCUGCUGCCGCCUUGCCUGCCUUCUUGCCUGCCGUAUUCAGGCCCUCCUCUGCCUGCCACUUCGGCCCACUGGAACGACUCGAACAAUCCAUGAGCCAACCCUCAUCAAAACAAUCAGCUUUCAGUAUAUCGCUUCUGCCGGUCGCGUCCUGGUGAAAGAAGCACGCGAACGCAAGCAUCAUCCAGCAACUGCAGUACAGCACGCAGGUUCUGUUCCUACCCAAGAAUAA